CGUCUCCGGCGCCGGAUGGAGGACGAGGACGAGGAGGCGCGGGCGCUGCUGGCGGGUGGUCCCGACGAGGCCGGCGGAGCGGUCCCCGCGGCCGCCAGGGCGCUGCCGGCCCUCUGCGACCCCAGCCGCUUGGCGCACCGGCUCCUAGUGCUGUCGCUGAUGUGCUUCCUGGGCUUCGGUAGCUAUUUUUGCUACGAUAAUCCUGCUGCCCUUCAGACUCAGAUCCAACGGGAUAUGCAGGUGAAUACCACGAAGUUCAUGCUGCUCUAUGCCUGGUAUUCUUGGCCCAAUGUAGUUCUGUGUUUCUUUGGUGGCUUUUUGAUAGACCGAGUAUUUGGAAUACGAUGGGGCACCAUUAUUUUUAGCUGCUUUGUUUGCAUUGGACAGGUGGUUUUUGCUCUGGGUGGAAUAUUUAAUGCCUUUUGGCUGAUGGAAUUUGGAAGGUUUAUAUUUGGAACUGGCGGGGAGUCCUUAGCAGUGGCCCAGAACACCUACGCUGUGAGUUGGUUUAAAGGCAAAGAAUUAAACCUGGUGUUUGGACUCCAGCUUAGCAUGGCCAGAAUUGGAAGUACGGUCAACAUGAACCUCAUGGGAUGGCUGUAUUCCAAGGUGGAAGCUUCGCUGGGCUCUGCCGGUCACACAACCCUUGGAGUCACACUUAUGAUCGGAGGCGUAACGUGUAUUCUUUCACUAAUCUGUGCCUUGGCCCUUGCUUACUUGGAUCAGAGAGCAGAAAGAAUCCUUCAUAAAGAGCAAGGAAAAACAGGUGAAGUUAUUAAGCUCACUGACGUGAAAGACUUCUCUUUACCCCUGUGGCUCAUAUUUAUCAUCUGCGUCUCCUACUAUGUGGUGGUGUUUCCUUUUAUUGGACUCGGGAAAGUUUUCUUUAUGGAGAAAUUCAAAUUUUCCUCCCAGGCAGCAAGUGCAAUUAACAGUGUGGUAUAUGUCAUAUCUGCUCCCCUGUCCCCAGUAUUUGGGCUUCUGGUGGACAAAACAGGAAAGAACAUCAUCUGGGUUCUGUGUGCGGUGGCGACCACCUUUGUUUCCCACGUGAUGCUGGCCUUUACGCUGUGGAACCCCUGGAUUGCUAUGUGUCUCAUGGGUGUCUCCUAUUCGUUGCUCGCCUGUGCAUUAUGGCCAAUGGUGGCUUACGUAGUUCCUGAACACCAGCUGGGGACUGCGUAUGGCUUCAUGCAGUCCAUUCAGAACCUGGGACUGGCGAUUGUUUCCAUCAUUGCUGGCGUCAUAUUAGAUACCCGGGGAUAUUUAUUUUUAGAAGUUUUCUUCAUUGCCUGUGUUUCUGUGUCACUUUUAUCUGUGGUCUUACUCUAUCUGGUGAAUCGUGCACGAGGUGGGAACCUAAAUUAUUCUGCAAAACAAAGGGAAGAAAUGAAACUUUCCCAUACUGAAUGAGAAGUUUAAAUGACAUGAGAAGUGGCCGCACACACCACUGGCUUGAAAACCUCCAUUGCUCUUUUAUUUAGAACUUAGUGGUUAGGGAGGAUAAUGGACUGGAAAGACAUUGUAUAUGUAUUUCUGAUGCACCUUUUCCAGAGUACGUUUGUGGGACUGUUAUGGCCUGUUCCCUUUGUACUGUGUGUCCCUGAGGAAUUCUGUUCUAAGAAUGGGCUGAUCAACAGUGGACGGUCAGAAACUUGCUCCGGGGCAUCCAGGUGGAUCCAGUAAGGACAGUAAAUAAUGGAAAACAUUGACUUUGAGAUAAUUUUCACUAAGUGUGUCUUAGGGAAUGGCCUAUUUUUUUUUAAUUUUAAAGCAAAAAAAAUCUGGGGGGUUAUGAAGGGCUCUUUUAUACAGAAUUAAAGCAUGACCUUGAGACUUCUUAUCCUGUUACGUUUGUAGAAGAUACUUUUAUGUGGGGAAGUACCCUCGUAGUCACAAACAGCAGGUCCUGUUCUGCUUCUUUGCUUGUGGGAGGUCGCUGAGCAGUGACCGUUUGAGCUUUGUUACCUCUGUUACUGGGGACCCUAAACACGUUGGAACAUAAUUUUGUGGUACAAACUUUUUUCCAAUUUUUUUUUUGUUAUAAUCUAAUUACGGAAAAGUGUCCUUCAAAUUAUGAUGAUGAUUGCGUAUCUACAUGGAUAAAUAAAACUAUUAUAAAAGGGAAAGUUGAUGUCUACUAACUUUUGUUUUUUAAAAAUAUUAAAUGCUGAUUUUGCUCUUUCUUCAUAUGGAAGAUCAUCUUUCUUACGGAAACCUAAAUUGGAAUAAAGAAAAUUUGUGUAAUUAUCAUCAGUAAUAUUAUGAAGUAGCUUUUAUUGAAGUCGAGAAACUUUUUUGUUUUGCUGUCUGUGGGCGUGAAGAUACUGCAGACAAUCAAAUUAAGCUGACAUACUUAACUAAUUACACUGUUUAAAACAAAUGGUCUAACAUUGUAUGCUUAUUCCGGAACAGAAUGUAAGCACACUCCUACUGGAAGAUCCCCUGAAACUGUGACCCACAGAUGCUUUGUUAACCCAGAGCUGAAACCAUUCCCGAAGCCCACUCUUCAGACAAAGAUUAGACAGGUCCAUAAAACAAAAAGUACACACGAGGAAUGUGCUUCUUAGUUCACUCAGAUACACGAGACCAAGUGGGUGGCCCCUGUCCAAAAGCAGGAUGAGAAGGCAGGAAGGAACGGGAGCUGCUUGAAUGGACACAGGGAACCCGGGGUGGAAAGGGGGAGUGUGCUGUCACAUUGUGGGCAUUGCACCCAGUGUCACAAAACAACAUGCUUACAUGUUUUUUUUAAUGAGACAUUAACUUGAGCUGUAAACCUUCACUUAAAUCACAAUAGAAGUUUCCAAAUUGAAAACAAAACAAAAAAAAUGAAAGUGCACCCCUUUACAGGGUGAGUUGAUUUACACCCCUUUGUUUUGAUGUAGGGCUUAUUACUUUCCUUACUCAGUUGUUAGGCCUUCAGGCUCUGCCCUGUGCCUGUUCUAGCAGGUAAGGGUGACCAUCGGCCUCCUGGGUGGGUGACGGUGAGGUGCUGGAGGCCUGGCGCCCUCUGGCCUCUGACUGACUCUCCAGGACACUGUGCUGCAGCCACAAGGGGUUUUCCACAUUUCUUCAAAGGGGCCAUGUUCCUUCUCUUCUAGGGGGUUUUGUCCACGCUGUUCCCUUUGCUGAGAAUGUUUUCUUCGGGGUGCACUGUGGUCUUGUACUAGAUUUAUAGCAGAAAACUGUAGCUUCCAGCCUGGAAUUGUUCUUCCUUGUGGAAACUGUUCGAGACUCUUUGGGCCAAAUCAACUUCUGAAAUUCCUGUGGUCUUCCAAACUUUGUUCUUUUUCUUAGCUUACCUCAGCUUAUAAUGAAGAAUUUGUGAUUGUGUGUAUGUGUUUGUGUCCAAUGGCUGUUUCUCUCUGUCUCCUCCUUUGACUGUAAGCCCCAGGAGGGCAGGCAUGUGUCUGUUUUCUUAACAGUGACUAUAUCUAUAGUGUGUAGCCUAAAGUAGGCACAAAUGUUUAUUGAGUGUUGCGUGAAUGAAAGGAGAGUAAAGUGGAGUAAGCUUUUGGAGUAUAAAUUGGCAGUGUGAAUGAAAGACCUGGAAGGGGAAGAUGGUGGGCUGCAUACCUUUUGGCAUGGUAAUCCCAUUUCUGAUCAUUUAUCCUAAGGAAACAUAUGGUAGCAUGUGUAUGUAUUUUUAAAAAGUAUCUUUAUUACAAGAUUGUGUGUAAUGGAGUAAAAUAGGAAACAACCCAGAUUUAUGAAGACUGGUUAAGUUCAUCAGUCACAGCCUUAAAACGAAAUGCUGAGCAGUCACUGAAUGGUUUUGUUGGAGACCGCAGAAUGCUGUCAGUGGUACUUCGACGAAAGCGAACACAAACAUGUCUGAAGGAUCUGCACACGACUGACCUGGGUGAUGACUUUUUGGGGGCUUACUUAUAUUUUCUAAUUUUUCAACAAUACUUAAUUUGUAAUAAAAUUUAAAUAAAGUUGAGAAAGCACAAAGAACGAAAUG